AUGAAGAACGCCCACUGCGAGGACGGAGGAGUACAACUUGAAGGCUCCCAAAUCGUGGAAACUCCGCCAUACGUAUACCUCGGACGUUCUAUGAACAUGGAAAACGACUUGAAGGAAGAACUGAAUAGAAGAAUGAGAGCAGCAUGGGCAGCAUCCGCAGCCGUCAGGGAAGCUACGGACCAACUGACGGACCAUGAUCUUCGUGCCCAUCUGUUCGACUCGACAGUCCUUCCAUCACUCUGUUACGCAGCGGAGACGUGGGCAGACACUGCGGCCACGUCUAGGAAGCUACUUACUACCCACAGAACCCUCGAGAGAUGUCUCCUGAAGUUUAACCGGCGCACACAACACCUUGCCGGUCUUCGUAGCUCCGACUUAAGAGGAAUGUCCCGUCUUCGCGACCCAGCGGAAUAUGUAUCGAAAGCAAAACAUAGAUGGGCCGGUCACAUCAUGAGAAGAAUCGACGAUAGAUGGACUAAAAGGACGCUAGAGUGGAUCCCAAGGGACGCUAAACGCCCCUGA